AAAAAUAAACCAAACGAAAUCAGUCAUAAGAAAAGGGCUCCGGCUACCAAUGACAGAUACGGCCACUCUUUGCUGACAUGCCCUAUAGAUGGAUGCUUUCUCAAUGAACCCGGUGAUCGAUAUUUCGCAAAGGAUGAAUCUGAUCCUCCUGUUCAAAUCCUGAAGCUCUUUUCAGAGGUAUUUAUCACUUUAUGCAAAGGAGACUUGCCCACU